GCAUCAUGCUUACUCAGAUAGGCUUGCAUAUCCAUAUUCUCCACCUUCAGAGUGUUGAUUUUGUGGAUGACUCUAUAUAAAUAAUGAACAUCAUUGGAGAAGACUUUUUUGGCCUUUUUCCAAACCUCAUAGCAAGUGAAGAAGGCUUGGUGUUGCGCUUGGAGAUUAGGUGCUACGGAAAACCAUAACACAAUGCACAUAGAUGCAUCAGUUUUCUUCCAUUUAGAAAGUUUGACGACGAGAACAUCAUCAACUUUUGUGGUUAAGUGAUCUUCAUAUCCCUGACUGUGAAACCACAUCUUAACAACAUCAACCCAUAUGUUGUAGUUGGAUGAGUCAUAUAGCUUUGCACAUGGAAUACGCAAAACUUUGAUAAAUGAAUCACUAAAACCAGAAUUGGUGUCUCCCAUGGCUUGGACAACAAAAUAACGAAGUGAAAUCGGGGUUGUUUGCACAAGAGCACUAUUUUCCGUGAGCCGAAAAGUAAAACAGAGGCCGGAUCUGCCACGGAUGGGGAGAGGCAAGUAGACUGGUAGAAAAAUGGUCGAAAUCGUCAGCAAAACGCGCUGGCACGUGCAGGGCAACGACGAAAAGAGGACAAUGGCCGGAUCAGAGGGCGGAGAGUUGGAUGGUGGGGUCGGUUUUCCGAAACGUCGCCGGGAGUGUUGCCAGAAUAGUAACGACAACAUAGUGGUUACCUGAGAAUUUUAAAAGUGACAGGCAAAUCGGAGUGAUAACACGGUUUGUAAUUUUUGUUCUCACGGAAGACAGUGGGUCAACAGGGUAAAGCACAACGAAAAAAGAAUUGCCUCUUGGCAGACUCUAAAUACCAUGUUGAAAUAGGCGAGCUAAGAGACAUUUAUAUUAAAUCCUGUGUUUUGAAAAGUACUACAAAUACAUUAUUAUAUAUAAAGAGAGAUUACAACUAAUUAAAUGAUAUAGUCGACGUAGGACUAUUCUAUAUACAAAUAUUUUUAACAUUAUAUUUACAAAUAUCAACAAAUUUAUUUGACCUCAACGUAUAAAUUAAAAUGGAAACCUCAUUCGAAAUAUAACUUAUUCACCUGUUUAUACAUUUUCUAUGAACAAGUUUCUAAUUGAUUUCUCCUUCUUUCUGGCGAACCUAGAAUGAUUUCCAAUGAAUUUCUGAUAGUACUGACUUAUAUUUUUUACCUCCUUUUUGUCUGCAAUAUUUUAAAAACUUAUUUGGGAGUCAAGAUAUAAAUCUUACAAGCAUGUGAAUAUAACUCUGCAUAUAAGUCUCUUGCAUCAACUGAAUUUCCUAGUUCCAGAUCUAGGUUAGACUAAAAUGAAGUUACUAUGGCUUUCGAUGUCCUCUACAUUAAUUUCACUUUAGAACUAUAUUGGUGCUGGUAUGUGUCAUACCCCAAAAUUUGCCCGUUAAUCUUGCAAGACAUUUUCAAGGCACUCUCACUCAUUUUUCAAGGCAUUGAUCUUAAAAGAACAAAGGCCCAACUCACAAGUGGCCAAAUCCAGAAAAUGACUCAAAAUGGCUUGCUCGCUAGGCGAGCAAAAUCCUUCGCCUAGCGAACCCUUCGCUACGCCACUCGCCUAGCGAAGCUUGCGAAUACCAGAAAAUUCUGGGCUUCAUUCUGAGCCCAUCAGGUCACAAAAAUUAUUAUAAAUAGCAGAGCUUCAUUCAGAGAAAAGACAGACAGAGGCAGACGGACAGAAACCCUAGCCAGGAAACCCUAACAGAAGCAACACAGCAAACCCAGGAGGCUAACCCAGAAAGUUCAGAGCAACCCUAAAGGAAACCCCGAAGGAAACUCAUCGGCACCAAGGUUAUCUCCGCCCAACUCAAUCCGGCACCAACCCUAUGAGUGACUUGCCAAUUCAAGAUCGCAAUUCAAUUGCAAACAGGGCUAUGGCUUCCAGGAAGACUAUCCGGAUCAAUCUUGUAGAGAUCUCUCCUCAACUCAAGGAUUUAGUGUCAGAACUUCCUGAUCAUGCUCAGUUCAUCAAGAAACAUGGUUCCCUCCUCAAUUUGGUUACCACCGGUUUCAAAGAAGAUAUGACGAGAGUUUUAUUCCAGUUCUUCGACCCUAAACAUCAUUGCUUCACCUUCCCGGAUUAUCAGUUGGUACCCACAUUAGAAGAAUUUUCCAGGCUGCUUGGGAUACCUAUCCUUGAUCAAGCACCUUUCAGUGGUUUAGAGAAGAUUCUGAAGUCUGAAGAAGUUGCCGCAGCUUUACACAUGACAAAGUCCGACAUCGAAACUAAUUGGGUAACAAGAAGUGGAGUCAAGGGUUUACUUGCCAAAUUUCUGAUAAAUAAGGCCCGGGAAUUCUUAAAAGUUACGGAUGUCCAUGCUUUCGAGGAUGUCCUAGCAUUACUAAUCUAUGGUUUGGUGUUAUUCCCUAAUCCAGAACAAUUCAUAGACAUGAAUGCUAUUAAGAUAUUUCUCACUCAUAACCCUGUGCCUACCUUGCUUGGAGACAUUUUGCAUUCCCUUCACACUCGUACUAUGAAAAGGCAAGGGACUCUCAUGUGCUGCGUACCUUUAUUGUCUAGGUGGUUUAUUUCGCACCUUCCUCAAUCAGUCUUGAAGAAUGAGCAAAAUCUGAAAUGGUCUCAAAGGAUAAUGUCGCUCUCACAUUCAGACAUCCGUUGGUGUCCUCAUCUCAAAGAAAAUGUUAUCAUCAUUGACCGUUGUGGAGAGUUCCCUAACGUACCACUCCUAGGAAUAAGGGGAGGUAUUACUUAUAAUCCUGCUUUAGCCCUACGUCAGUUCGGUUGUGCUCGAAGAGAUGGUCCACAUGAGAUAAUUAUCCAAGGCACUGUGUUUGACUAUGACAACGAUUCCCAAGGUCUCCGCCAAAGGUUUGUACGAGCUUGGGGCAUGGUGAAAAGAAGUACCUUAGGACAGAAAAACUUUAUUCCUAUGGAACCUUAUCUCAGAUGGGUAUGCGCAAGAGCUCGUGAACUUGUCAUGCCAUAUCUUGCAGCCGGACCAUUGAUUGUUGAACCAGAAGUUGAAGGAGGUACUUCUCAGAUAAUUUCUUAUCCAGAUAUGCCUAUUGAUGUUGAAGAAUUGAAGAGGUCCUGGAUCCAGUUGAGAGAGGAAAGGGAUACUUUCGAAGCCCAGUUCUGUGCUGAAAGGAAGAAAGUUUAUAAUACUACUACUACUAAUAAUCAUUGA